UCCUUAUCUCCUUACUCCUACAAACCACACCAGCAACACUACACACAACACUGCCCCAAUAUCAAAGCCUUGAACUCCUCUUAUCACAUUCAUUCAUCUUCUCCUACACUUUCUAUAACCCUUAUCCUUUCUUGUAUCCUUAACUGAUUAUAGAAUAUUGCAUUAUGGCAACUAAUUCUCUUCAUUCAAUUCAACACCAUUCUCUCAUCAAACGCCAAUACUACUGCUACCCUUCUGAAACUGCUCCUCCAUCCACACUUUCAUCCUCACUUUUCCUCAAACCAACCAGCACCAACAUAACCCUCUCUCACUCUUCAACUUCCAACUCUUUUACCACAUUCUCACUCUCUCAAACAACAUCCUCCACGCCAUCAUCAACCUCUCAAUCCUCCUCCUUUGAACUCCUCCAGCAGCUUCUCUCAGCCAAAAACUUCCGAGAAGCCGACGACGAGACGAGACGCCUUCUCAUCGUGUUAGCAGGCGAAGCGGCGCAGAAGCGCGGAUAUGUUUUCUUCUCAGAGGUCCAGUUCAUCUCAGAAACAGACCUCCAAACAAUUGACAAGCUGUGGAGGGAGCAUAGUGACAACAAGUUUGGAUACAGUGUUCAGAAGAAACUGUUUGGUAAGGCUAAGAAAGACUUUACCAACUUCUUCAUUAAGGUUGGUUGGAUGAAGAAACUUGACACUGAGAUGGAGCAGUAUAACUAUAGGUCUUUUCCUACAGAGUUUAUAUGGGAGCUCAAUGAUGAUACACCAGAAGGUCAUUUACCUUUGACAAAUGCACUCAGAGGAACACAGUUGCUGAGUAAUAUUUUUAGUCAUCCAGCUUUUGAUGCAGUUCAAGAUGAAGUUGAAGUUUCAUUUGGGGGAAAUGGAGCAUUCAAAGGGUUGAAAGAUUCAUCAAAGACAUCAGCUCAGAAUAUGCUCAAAACAGACUAUAGUUUCUGAUAGAGUUCAGGACAAAGUUUACAAUAAUAAAGCCUGCUGAAUGCAUAGAGAAGAAUGUAACUGUGUUUUCAUUUUUAAGUAUAUACAUAGUAAUUAUUGAUUCAUCAUCAUCAAGAGAUGAAGGUAGUUGCUUGAAUUGUAUUUUUUUACUUUAUUAAGGAUAACUGCAUUCUAGAAA